CGAAGAAUUAGUUGCAAAGCGGCUUUCUUGCGGGGAACAUCGAGCGUUUCGAGGGACGGAAACCCAAACGAACCGGAGAAGAUUGCCACGCGAAAAGAAAAAUUGGUGCUAAGACCCCGCUACAAAAGAAAAAAAAAAAGAAGAAGGAAAACAGGCCCAUCAAAACCGCAAAACUGCAGCAACAUCGGAAAGAGAAAAGUGCACAAGAAGUACGCACAAAAAAAGAUACAAAGUUCCUAUUUAAGUGCCGGCCACUUAACACCGUCGAAUUAAAUCGAAUUGAAUCGAAUCGAAUCCAGCGGAUCCGAGAUGCUCACCAGACAGCCCGACUACACCAUCUCCGAACUGGGCCAUCCCAUCCACCAGUGGCCGGACUCGACCCUGUGCGAAUCCCUCAAGAAACUGGACAACAGAAAGGUGCCCAGCUCCCCGCCUUCGCCUCAUCGCCUUCUGCCACUGAGGGAAACCCUGGACGAUUAUUUCAAGCGAUUGACGCUGAGAAGCAGAGAAGAUUUCGAAGAGGAUCCCAUUUACCAGCAGAAACAGCGGAAGAAUCAGAGGAACGAACAGCAACGAAAGCGCAAUCAAAAAAGUCGAGAUAAAGACGAGUCCAGAGCAGCAACAGCGACGACGACAACGAUAGCGACGACCAACGAUCUAAACAAUUUUUGAGAUUGGAACGAGGGGGAAGCAUACGAAUGCGUAUGGGGGUAGCAACCUAAGCGGACUGAUUACAUGUGCUAAAAUAAAAUCACCUUUUGCCUAGAACAUUAAGUACAUUAAAUGUGAAGUAAAGAAAAAACCUAUAACA